GCAGUUCAGGGCAAAUGUGAGAGGAGUUGAUAUAGAUCUCGCUCGUGACUUUGAGCUACGAGAAACUUCUUUUAUAGCUUCAUUUGCUCUUGUACCAGUGAAUUAUUUCAUGAAGACGUUUUUUUUCCCUCUGCAUCCAUCAGUGAAUUGAAAGAUACUGAUUUAAACAGAAAAUGACCACCGAUCUGUAUCUGGACUCAAGUCGUUGUUUCAUUCAUGAUGAUGGAGAGUGGAAGCAUGGCCAGGAAGAUGUGAAGCCCCAGUAUGUUCACCAUAUGGCACCAACACCUCCACCUGAGUUUAGCCACUCUGUCCCCCCCAAAAAAGAUGCAAAUCAGAGGUGCGCUUCGUUCACUGUGGCUGCUGUGCUCUCUCUAAUGCUCCUGCUCCUGGUGACUGGAAUCCUCCUCGGUUAUUACUUUUCCUCCUCCUGUGUGCACGGGAGGCAGUGUGGUGAUGGGAGCUGUGUGUGGGAAUCCCAGUGGUGUGAUGGAGUGAUGGACUGUCCAGCAGGCCAGGAUGAAGCUCACUGUGUGAGGCUGCGCGGCUCCAGUUUCCUCCUGCAGAUGUACUCAGCUGAAACUAAAAGCUGGAAGAGUGUUUGCUCUCAUGGCUGGACCGAGCAGCAGGGCAGAGCAAGCUGCCGCACCUUUGGAUACAGCAGGGACACAUACUUUAAAUCAGGCCAACAGAGGACGGACACUGAUGACGGAUUCUUAAUCGUGAAAUCUGGUUCUAACCCCGAUGCAUUCAUUCUCCAUCAGCUUGUUCCCAGCAAAUUUUGUCCCAACAACAGUGUGGUGACGUUGCGUUGCACUGACUGUGGGAGUGGGGUGAAUUCCAGCACCGCCUCUCGGGGCCAGCAGGCCUCCCUCGGGUCGUGGCCCUGGCAGGUCAGUCUGCAGGUCUCUGGCUCUCAUCGCUGUGGAGGAGCCAUCAUCUCCCCCUACUGGAUAGUGACUGCAGCACACUGUAUGGCCAGGAACUCUAAUCCUGGAGACUGGGCAGUGUAUGCUGGGAUAGUGGAUCCGUUAGGCUCACUGUUCAACCCUGCCCACACUGUGAGUCACAUUAUUGCCCAUGAGGGCUUCAACCGCCUCACUCGCACAAAUGACAUCGCUCUGAUGAGGCUCACCAAAGCUCUUGACCUCACAGGCUCCAGAAACAUCGGCGCUGUCUGCCUCCCAGAUGUUGGUCUAAACUUCACCGUUCCUCAGAAAGGCUGGAUAACACCAUUUGUUCGCACAGCAAAUGGAGACGCUGCCUCUGCACACCUGAUGGAGGCUGAGGUCUCUCUCAUAGAUGAUGCAGAGUGCAACAGUUUCUCAGCUUACAAUGGCAAGAUAUCACGGGACAUGUUCUGUGCCAGAGAGAUGGAGGCAGGGACAAACGCAUGCCAAACUGACAGUGGCGGCCCUCUGGUGUCCCUGAAAGACGGCCUGUGGUGGCUGGAAGGGGACAUUAUUUGGGGGGAACACUGUGCUGAGAAGAGCAAACCAGGUGUUUUUGGAAACGUCACUUAUUUCCUGGACUGGAUCCACCUGCAGAUGAAGAUGCAUCAAGAUGAGUGAUGACAAGGCCAGAGCCACUUCAAAUGUUUGUUUACAAUAUUUUUAACAGUGCAGGCACAUUUUUUUCCAGUGAAAUAUCUGUAUCAACAAUAUAACUUAUUCCCCAUUGCUCUGCUCUCCAUCUUCAUAGUUUCAUAGCGUUGAUGAAGACUUUGGUUUUUUCAAAUUAAUGAGAUUCUUCCCAUGUUUUCAUACUAUAUAUUUUAUUUUUUGUAUCAUAUUUGUGAAUUAUAGGUCUUU